GAGCAUGACCAGUCAAAGCUACAGUGUUUAUAAUGCUGUCUAUGCUGUGACACAUGCUUUGCAUGCCUUUUAUUCAUCCAGAAGGAAAUAUGGAGCAGUGUUGAAUAGAGAUCACCCAAGGACUUCUAAAUCACAGUAUUUUCAGCUUUACCAUUUCCUAAGUCAAGUCUCCUUUAACAACAGUGCCGGAUACAAGGUGUCUUUUGACAAGAAGGGUGAAUUGCUAGAUGGAUUUGACAUCAUCAACUGGGUUACUUUCCCUAACAAAUCCUUCGUGAAAGUAAAAGUGGGACAAAUGGAUCCUCAAGCCCCAUCAGGCAGAAGGUUCUCCAUCAAUGAAAGAAAAAUCACAUGGCAGGCCCAUUUUAACCAGACUAUACCUCUUGCUCUGUGCAAUGAUCAUUGCCCACCAGGUUCCAGAAAGAAAACGAAGGAAGGGAAGCCAUUUUGUUGCUAUGGUUGUAAUACUUGUCCAUCAAGAAAAUUUUCAAAUGAAAGAGGACCCCCAUUCUCUGACCGAUCAUUUUAUCAGAGUCUUCUGGGAACAAGCAUUUAAAUGCUCGUUUCCAGAUUCUGCAACAGAC